AUGAUAACAAAAAGCAACAAAAGACCAGUAUUGACUAAUAGAAAUUAUUUAGGAAAGGUUGAUUCAAAUCAAACAAAUGAAAACAAACAUUUAUAUGAGUAUUGUAAUUAUAUAAAAGCAAAAAAGCAAAAAUCUUCAUUAUUUGGUUUUUUAGUUUACUCUGCAUAUUUAUCUCAGAUUAGCUUUAAAGAAGACGAGGAACAUACUUUAAGUACAGCUUAUAUGGAAAAAUUGGGAAAUGAAAAAGAAAAUGAACAUGUUCAAGUGAGAAUUUUUUGGAAUUUAUUUAGGGAUGCUAUGAUUGACCAUAAAUACACUACAUUUAUUUUAUAUCUUGAUAAAUUCAUUCAAGAAUGGGGAUGGGAUGAAUUGAAAGAAGAAGUAAUGUUUGAUAAAAAAUUGAUCAAAGCUUUUAGUUCAAUAUCUUCGUUGCAAUAUAAUGCUGAUCUUCCUGAUGUAGUUAGGAUCAUAUCAAAAACAAUAAAAUUAGAUUUGUUAGUUAAAAAUGAUGUUUUGUUGUCAGGAAUCAUUGACACUUCUUCAUUACAUCUAGAUAUUGUAACAGAAUUGAAACUAGCUAAUAAAUGGGAAGAAGUGAAUGAAAAACCAAUCAAUGAAGCAUUACCUAAUGGAAUUUUAGAGUUUAUUUAUGAAUAUAUACAAAGGGAGGAAAAACAUCAAAUUCCAGUUGAAUUUAUGAUUUUAGAGUCAACAUAUGACCAUGAUAUUAUGGAUCCCAUUGAAAAAUUUCUUCUUUGGGACUUAUGUGAGCUCUCACAUCAAUGGGACAGUAACAUAAGUAAAGCAACCAAAGAAAGAAAUGGCACCAUUGUUGGACCUAACAAAAAGCCAGAUAUUCAUGUUUUCUAUAAUGGAAAGUUAUUAGAUUGGGAAAUAUUGUUUGGAGAAGUAUCAUACGGUCUUGGAAAAUCUGGUAUUGCAAAAUUAACUCAUAUAAAUGAAGAUCACCAAAAACUGAUGAAAUAUUGUAAAGAUUCAUGGGAUAAAAUGUAUCGAUGUGCUUUUAAAUUGGCAGGAAACCUUACUGAUUAUAUGGAGAUUGAGAAUAUAGCCAUUCAUUCAUAUAAUUCAAUAAUAGAAUUUUAUAUCAUUGAUCAAAAGUAUCUUCCAUUGCAUCGAUCUCGAUUAAUUAAUCGUUUAAAAAUUCCAUACAAUGAUUUAGACAAUGAAACUUUUUAUAAGUCCAUAGUUGAUGUGAUGAAAACUUUAUUUUAUAUAAAAAACAUUAUGAAGAAAAAUCUUGAAACAAUUAAAAAAAUAGAAAAGUUGUCUUUUAAACUUAGUUCAGAUUUAGGAAAGACUGUUAACAUAUUAAAAACAUAUGACAGUGAUUAG